GUUUCUGUGAGGGUAAAACUAACUCUCCCUUUCACUUCCCAUUACCAUCCCUCAGCACAAAUUUUCUCAUUUCUCUUUAUAGGAAUGGCUCCACUGCACUUUAGUUCCACAGAUCAUGGCAUGGAAAACAGUUAUGUUGAAGCUGAAGCACAAGAAGAAGAAGCGAAUUCUCCCUCUUCUUCCUCUUCAAAAUCUUUCUUUUCAAAAACGGUCUUCCUUCCCAUCAGUCCAUCUUGCUCUCUCUCAACCCACCAUUUGUUUCCCUUUAUGGGCACCUCAGAGACAAAUGAAGUGCUUGAAGAAAAUCUCAGCAGAGCAGAUGCAGAAGAGGAGAACAUAAAUGAAAGCUUAGGGCAGUCCAAUCUCUGCGCAAGAGGCCACUGGAGACCAGAAGAAGACUCCAAGCUCAAAGCCCUGGUUUCAAUCUAUGGCCCUCAGAACUGGAAUCUCAUAGCAGAAAAACUAAACGGCAGAUCAGGUAAGAGCUGUAGAUUGAGAUGGUUCAACCAACUAGAUCCAACGAUAAAUAGAAGUGCUUUCACUGAAGUAGAGGAGGAGAAGCUCAUGGCUGCUCAUAGACUCUAUGGCAACAAAUGGGCUAUGAUUGCAAGGCUAUUUCCUGGUAGAACUGAUAAUGCUGUGAAGAACCACUGGCAUGUUAUCAUGGCAAGGAAGUACAGAGAGCAGUCCAACGCUUAUAGGAGGAGGAAGCUAAGCCAAGCCAUGGAUAGAAGACUCGAAGAAAUUACUCCUAAUCAUCCCUUCUUCUCUUCUUCCAUUGUUGAUUACAGCUCUUCUUCUUUUCAUCUCUUUCCAAAUGGUGAAAAUAACAGUCUUUUAAGCCACUUUGGAAGCUAUACAGAAGAAAAGCCCUUCGAUUUCUAUUCUGGCCAAAACAUCAGCCAAGAAGACAAGACAAAAAACAUCAUUCCGAGGACUUCUGAAGCGCAAGGAGAUCGUAAUGAAGCCUUGCACAGCUUUUACUGUCAUCAAGUUUCUAACUUGAUCGAGAUGACAGCUUUAUCAUCAUCAGGAGAGGGAGGAGCAAGUACUGACCUGGUUGAUCGGGUUAAUAGAGAAGGAGGAGGCAGCGGUCUUAUGGCGGCUUCUGUAGCUUCUUCUUCACCAACUUUUAUUGAUUUUCUCGGAGUUGGAGCAACUACAUGAUCCUGGAAUGCUUGGGAGAGCAGCAUGAGAGAGGAAUAGAGGGAUUGCUGGUUUGUUUUAGAUACGAU